UACUAUAUAUACCAACUGCAAACCAAGGUCCUCCUACACGCCCCCCUGAGUGAAUCCGCUGCGACCGCCAGAGCUUCUGCUUCCGCCGACGAAAUCAUGGGGCACUCGAACGUCUGGAACUCCCACCCUAAGAACUACGGCCCUGGAUCCCGUACCUGUCGCGUGUGUGGAAACCCUCAUGGUUUGAUCAGGAAGUACGGCCUCAUGUGCUGCAGGCAGUGCUUCCGCAGCAAUGCCAAGGAAAUCGGCUUCAUCAAGUACCGUUAAGUGGCUGAUAUUCAAACAUUCCAGGAGUCGAUGAUUUGGCCCAAGAUGAGUACUAGUAGUAGUGGUUUCUGAGUUCUCAUCAACUUUUAAGAAGAUAUUUUUGUUUUAGCUGAUCUGCUGUUGAACUUGAAUUGGUUGUCAGACUUAAGAAUAUUUGUUAUUAAUGAAUUAAAGUUUGAUUUAUGUUC